AUGGAGCUCAUCGACCUCUUCCUAGCCUUCGCCUCCCUCCUCUUCCUCGCCUUCUGGUGGCGCCGCUCCUUCUCCUCCUCUUCCUCCGCCGCCUCCAAGGCAAUCCUCCCUCCCGGCCCGCCGGGCUGGCCGUUCGUCGGCAACCUCUUCCAAAUCAUCCUCCAGCGCCGCCACUUCAUCUUCGCCAUCCCGGACCUCCGCAAAAAGUACGGCCCAAUGUUCACCAUGAAAAUGGGCCAGCGGACCCUCGUCAUCGUCACGAGCCCAGAUCUGAUCCACGAGGCCCUGGUCCAAAAGGGCUCCUCCUUCGCCUCCCGCCCGCCCGACUCCCCGAUCCGACUCGUCUUCAGCAUCGGGAAGUGCGCCGUCAAUUCCGCCGAGUACGGCCCGCUCUGGCGGGCCCUCCGCCGCAACUUCGUCUCCGAGCUCAUCAGCCCGCUCCGCGUGAAGCAGUGCGGCUGGAUCCGCGACUGGGCCCUGGAGCGCCACAUGGGCCGGCUCGAGGCCGAGUCGAAGCGGGCCGGGUUCGUCGACGUCAUGGACACGUGCCGGUUCACCGUCUGCCAGAUCCUCGUCUGCAUCUGCUUCGGCGCCAAGAUCUCCGAGGAGUGGAUCCGCGACAUCGACAAUGUCACCAAGGAAGUGAUGCUCAUCACGAUGCCGCACCUCCCCGAUUUCUUCCCAAUUUUGACUCCAUUGUUCGGCAAGCAGAUGAGGAAGGCCAAACAGCUGAGAAAAGUCCAGGUUGAGUGUCUCCUCCCUCUAAUUAACAAUCGUCGGGCCUUCGUCCAGAAGGGCGAAGGCCCGAAUUCCGAGAUGGUCAGCCCCGUCGGGGCUGCCUACGUGGACUCCCUGUUCGGCCUCGACGCGCCGGGUCGAGGCCGAUUGGGGGACCAGGAGCUCGUCACGCUCUGCACCGAGGUGUUCGUGGCCGGGAUCGACACCAGCACCAGCGUGCUGCAGUGGGUGUUCUACGAGCUGGUGGUGAACCAGGGGAUUCAGGAGAAGCUGUACGGCGAAAUUGUGGAGCGCGUGGGGAAGGAGGGGAGAAUUGGGGAGGAGCACGUCGAAACGAUGCCGUAUUUGAACGCGAUUAUCAAGGAGUCGUUGAGGGUCCACUCGCCCGCGCAUUUCACGCUCUCCCACGCGGCGACGGAGGAGACGGAGCUCGGAGGGUACAGGAUCCCGGCGGAUGUGAACGUGGAGUUUUAUAUAGAGUGGAUGACGGAGGAUCCGAGUCUGUGGAAGGAUCCGGAGGUUUUCCGACCCGAGAGGUUUUUGGAUGGGGAUGGGGUCGGGGUUGAUAUGACGGGGACGAAGGGAGCGGUGAAGAUGCUGCCGUUCGGGGCGGGUCGGAGGACUUGCCCCGGUUUGUCUCUGGGGGUUUUGCAUGUGAAUUUGAUGCUGGCGAGGAUGGUCCAGAAGUUCAAGUGGGUGCCCGUGCCCGAGUACCCGCCCGACCCGACCGAGACGUUUGCUUUUACUGUUGUGAUGAAGAAUCCGCUCAAAGCGGCGAUAGUGCCACGGUUGUGA